AAAAGUAUAGGUUCAAUCACGCGGUCAGAUCAAUGUCGCAAAUCCCAAUUACCAUACAUAGCGCAGCACUAGAUCACCAGUAAGCAGUGAAUCAAAGUUCACAACAACCGAAGAAGCGAGUGAAUUCAUAUAUACUCAAAUUCAAAGCAAAGCUUUAGCAAUAAUAACUCACUCAACUUCUCUCUCUGCAUCUAUGUAUAUUUAUCGAUCUAUGGAUUGUCGAGGAAAUCUGUAGAUCGAGAAAUGGCGAACUACUUAGCUCAGUUUCAGACAAUAAAAAAUUCUUGUGAUCACAUCGUAAUUGCAGUUGAAGAUGUAAGCGAUCUUUGGCCCAAUAUCAAGGAAAGAUUUGAGGAGCGACUGCCAUUUAAGAGAGCUUGUUUGAAUAACAAGACACGUAACCCUGUUUUUGUCGAAAGUCUGCCUGCUGAAUUCAUAUUAACCACAGAUGCAAGGCUCCGUAGUCGGUUUCCUCAGGAGCAAUCGUUAUUCUGGUUUCGAGAGCCAUAUGUAACCGUGGUUCUUGUCACAUGUGAGGAUCUUGAUGAGUUCAAAACCAUUCUUAAACCACGCCUCAAAUUAAUUGUCCAAAAUGACGAACGGGAAUGGUUUAUUGUGUUUGUAUCUAGAGCUCAUCCAAGUAAUGAUAAUGCCACAAAAAUGGCGAAAAAAGUAUAUGCCAAGCUUGAAGUUGAUUUUAGCUCAAAGAAAAGAGGGAGGUGCUGUAAAUUUGAUUUUCAUGGCCCUGAAGCGAAUUUUUGGGAAGAUCUGGAGUCCAAAAUUAUGGAGUGUGUAAGAAAUACAUUGGAUAGACGCGUACAAUUUUAUGAGGAUGAAAUACGAAAGCUCAGUGAACAGCGCUUCAUGCCAGUUUGGAACUUCUGUAAUUUUUUUAUUUUGAAGGAGAGCCUGGCUUUUAUGUUUGAGAUGGCUCAUCUUCAUGAAGAUGCACUAUGUGAAUAUGAUGAGCUAGAGCUCUGUUAUCUUGAAACAGUUAAUGUAGCUGGGAAACAGAGAGACUUUGGAGGAAUAGACCACGGUGAUGAUCGGGCAGCACUGCUCAAUCCUGGAAACAAACCUCUGAUGCAAAUUGUUCAAGAUGACUCCUUCAGAGAAUUUGAAUUUAGGCAGUAUCUCUUUGCUUGUCAAUCAAAGCUUUUGUUCAAACUGAAUCGACCCUUUGAGGUGGCAUCGAGGGGUUAUCGAUUUAUAAUCAGCUUCUCUGAGGCCCUUACCCUGCAUGAGACUAUGUUGCCUUUUUGUCUGCGAGAAGUUUGGGUAAUAACUGCUUGCUUGGCUAUAAUCAACGCCACUGCUUCUAAUUAUAAUGAUGGGGUUCUGGCACCUGACAUUGAAAAAGAGUUCUACCGUCUUCAGGGUGAUCUUUAUUCGCUAUGUCGAGUAAAGUUCAUGAGGCUUGCGUAUUUAACUGGGUACGGAGCAUAUAUGGAAAGGAGUCCAGUAAACAGUGCUUCUCUCAGCAUGCUACCUUGGCCUAAACCUGCAGUUUGGCCUUCAGUUCCACCUGACACUUCUCCUCAGGUGCUUGUGAAGGAAAAGGCGGUCCUUCAAGCUACUCCUAGGAUUAAGCACUUUGGCAUUCAAAGGAAACCAUUGCCUCUUGAACCUUCUGUACUUUUGCGUGAGGCAAAUCGGCGGAGGGCAUCACUUUCUGCUGGGAACAUGUUUGAAAUUUUUGAUAGCCACUCAACUUUCAUUGAUGGAUCAGCUUCAGAUGGAUCAAGGAUUGCCCCCUUCCAUAAAACAAGUACUAUUUCUAUGUCACGAACUAAUUCUUCACCUGGAAAUUUUGAUGGCUCGAUGGAUCGACCUAUGAGACUUGCUGAAAUAUAUGUUGCUGCUGAGAAUGCUCUCAAGCAUACAAUUUCUGAUGCUGAUCUAUGGAAAUUCUUGUCAUCUUUAGAGGAAUUUGAGCAAAAAUAUCUUGAGCUUACCAAAGGUGCUGCAGACAAUUACCAUCAAUCCUGGUGGAAAAGACAUGGGGUGGUCCUUGAUGGUGAAAUUGCUGCAGUUUGCUUCAGGCAUGGAAACUUUGAUCUGGCUGCAAAGUCCUAUGAGAAAGUUUGUGCCCUAUAUUCUGGUGAAGUAUGGCAAGAGUUACUGGCCGAUGUCCUGCCAAAUUUGGCUGAGUGUCAGAAAAUGCUGAAUGAUCAAGCUGGCUACUUAUCAUCCUGUGUGAGACUGCUGUCUCUAGACAAUGUUUUAUUCUCAACCAAGGAGCGCCAGGCUUUUCAGGCAGAGGUCGUUCGUCUUGCACACAGUGAGAUGAAGGACCCUGUGCCCUUAGAUGUCUCAUCAUUAAUUACAUUUUCUGGAAAUCCUGGACCUGCAUUGCAGUUAUGUGAUGGGGAUCCUGGUACUCUCUGUGUAACUGUUUGGAGUGGAUUUCCUGAUGAUAUAACUCUUGAUUCACUGAGCCUCACUUUGAUGGCUACAUUUAAUGCUGAUGAAAGUGCUAAGGCAUUAAGCAGUUCUACUGCCACUGUGCUAAAGCCUGGCAGGAACACAAUUACCCUUGCUUUACCCCCACAGAAGCCAGGUUCCUAUGUUUUAGGUGUUCUCACUGGGCAAAUAGGUCACUUGGGGUUUAGAUCACAUAAUUUUUCCAAGGGCGGCCCAGCCGACACUGAUGAUUUUAUGAGUUAUGAAAAGCCAAGUAGGCCUAUCUUGAAGGUUUUCAAGCCAAGACCUCUGGUUGAUCUCACUGCAGCUGUUUCAUCUGCUUUGCUUAUAAAUGAAACUCAGUGGGUUGGGAUUAUAGUGCAGCCCAUUGACUACCCUCUCAAAGGCGCUGUCUUGCAUGUUGAUACUGGUCCAGGUCUCAAGAUUGAAGAGUCACAUGUCAUUGAGAUGGAGGUCUUUGGCAAUGUGUCAAAGAGUGCUUCUGAUAUCGAAAACACAUAUAGCUCUCAAAAAGAUUGUUCUUUGGCAGCUAAUAAAGAACUUGAACGAUUAUGUCUUCAUGAUGGUAAAAUAGACUUUCCAGAUUGGGCAAGUGAUGUGAAUUCUGUUCUUUGGAUCCCUAUUUGUGCAAUCAGUGACACGCUUCCAAAAGGGUCAUCUUCAGGUACACCUCAGACACAGAGCAUUGUGGAUGGUAUGAGAACAAUAGCAUUGAAACUUGAAUUUGGAGCAUCUCAUAACCAGAUAUUUGAAAGGACUAUAGCUGUGCAUUUCACUGACCCUUUCCAUGUGAGCACACGUGUUGUAGAUAAAUGCAAUGAUGGUAUUCUGCUUCUGCAGGUUAUACUACAUUCCCAAUUGAAGGCCACUUUGACCAUAUACGAUGCUUGGCUUGAACUUCAAGACGGAUUUGUUCAUGCUAGACAAGGUGAUGGAAGACCAACUUCAAGCUUUUUUCCACAUGUGAUUUCUCCAAUGUCUAGAGGAGGAAUCUUGUUCAGUAUUUGCUUAGGGAAGAUGAGCGGUGAAGAUGAAGUGGAGGCAAGUCAACCUGAGAGCAUAUUAAACAUCAGAUAUGGAAUUUCCGGUGAGAGAACAAUUGGGGCACAUCCUCCUGUGGUUGUGGAACCAGAUGGGCCUGAGGUUGUCAGGCAGGAGUUGAUCUUCAAGAGUGUUCUUAUGCUGCAAAGGCCUGUGCUUGACCCAUGCCUGGCUGUUGGUUUUCUUUCUCUUCCUUCUGCUGGCCUAAGAGUUGGGCAACUUGUUACCAUGAAGUGGAGGAUUGAAAGAUUGAAGGGGUUUGAAGAUGAUGAAAUUUCUAAACAGAAUGGUGAGGUUCUGUAUGAAGUCAGUGCAAAUUCAGAGAAUUGGAUGAUUGCUGGGCGCAAGAGAGGGCAUGUCUCUCUCUCCACCAAGCAAGGUUCCAGGAUAGUCGUCUCAGUACUAUGUGUGCCUCUAGUGGCAGGUUAUGUUCGCCCUCCUCGACUUGGGCUGCCAAAUAUUGACGAGUCAAAUAUAAGUAGCAAUCCUCCUGGGCCUCAUCUGGUUUGUGUCAUGCCUCCUGUUUUGAGCUCCUCCUUUUGCAUCCCAGCAUAGUUGUUCUUGGCUCUUGUAUUCUGACCAUCCUAAUUUUCCACGAAAAAAAGGUUGGAUAGUUUCUUUAAUUUGGGAAAGUUACAACUAAAGGGAGAGGAUAUGCUGAAACAUAUCCAGUUUUGUUACCUUAAAAUCUGUAAAUUUGUAUGUCUACCAUUGUAGAGAAUCAAGAGAGGUUAGUUGAGUUCAUUGAAUUUAGUUGCAGAUAGGUAGUUCUUUCUUUUUUUGUUUUUGGAGUGUUGCUGUCUCCUGUAUAAGGUCCUUGCUCAUGUAUAGAAGGAACUCUGUAUUCAUGUACAACACAGAACUCAAACUGAAAAUCAAAAUUUUAAAAUCGAGAUACGUUUUUUCUUUUU